AUGUCUGACUUCAGCAUACGGCUCUAUAACUGGUCAGAUCAUGAGGUAGCCAGAGACCUGUUUGUUCAAGGAAUAUUGGAGCAUGUCCCUGUGACGUUCUAUCGAUCCCUCAGGCUAUCACCUGUUUGGAUUUUUAUGGUUUGUGCAUCUGUUGUGUCUUUCCUGAUCUCUGGCUCCAUAGCUAUAUCCAUGCUGGCUGUGACCUCUGUACUAGCCCUCCUCUACUUGAAUAUCAGAAGUAUCUUCUAUACCUAUCUUGAGCAGUGCCUUUGUGAAGACAUGAAGGACAUACACAAGUACUACCUGCAGAGAGAAGGCAGCUGCUUCUGGGUGGCUGAGUCUGCUGGGCAGGUUGUGGCUACUGUGGCAGCCAUCCCCUCAUCUCAUCCCCUAGGAAUUCAGUGUGUGGAGCUUAAGAGACUAUCUGUACUGAGAAGCCAGCGAGGUAAUGGGAUUGCUAAAGCCUUGUGCAGGACAGUCAUUGACUUUGCUCAGGGCAGAGGGUGUGAAUCAGUUAUCCUGGAGACCUCAGUGGUUCAGACUGAUGCCCAACGCCUGUAUGAGAACAUGGGUUUUAGACUGAUACGUACCUACUAUAUACCAGACUUCAUAGCAAGCUUCAUAGAUUUUAAGGAAUUGGUUUACCAAUAUGAUAUCUAAUUAGUAUAACCACAGUCUACACCAUUAUUCUCUCGUUUGAUGUAAUUAGUAUAUUGAUGA